GUAUUUUUUUGCACACUCUACUUUUUAAUCUCUGAAGAUAAUUAAUCAACAGUAAAUAAAUUCAUCCCUGAGAAAAUGUCUUCUAAUAAAAAGUCUACCACAAAGGAUUCCAAUUCCAAGUGCUCCAAUGAAUCCAGGCUUGAUUUUUGGGAGGAGUUCAUGAUCAGUGGCGUCGCUGCUGGAGUAUCCAAGACAGUUGCGGCACCGAUUGAACGUGUAAAGUUACUUGUGCAAAAUCAGGGCGAGAUGCUCAAGCAGGGAACACUUGACCGCCCAUAUAAGGGUGUAGGUGACUGCCUCUUCCAUACUGUAAAGACAGAGGGUGUUUACUCUCUGUGGCGUGGCAACCUGUCAAAUGUGAUCCGUUACUUUCCGACUCAAGCGCUGAACUUUGCAUUUAAGGAUCAAUUCAAACGCAUGUUCAAUUUUAAAAAGGAAAGAGAUGGUUACGGGAAAUGGUUUGUAGGCAAUAUGGCCUCCGGUGGACUCGCCGGUGCAACGUCACUUUGUUUCGUAUAUUCCUUGGACUAUGUACGAACACGUUUGGCGAACGACACAAAGUCCUCCAAAAAGGGUGGUGAGCGUCAGUAUAACGGCAUGAUCGAUUGCUACGUGAAGACAUUUAAGAGCGACGGUUUGAUUGGACUGUACCGCGGCUUCAUGGUGUCUUGCGUGGGCAUCGUUGUUUAUCGAGGUUUCUACUUUGGUCUGUAUGACACACUACAGCCAUUACUUCCAGUAAAUAAUUUCAUGCUUAACUUCAUUCUUGGGUGGGUAGUGACAGUCGUAGCUGGCCUUUUAUCAUAUCCUCUGGACACGGUGCGACGUCGUAUGAUGAUGACAUCAGGGACUGGAAAAAAUUACAAAAGCUCUUUUGAAUGUAUGAUCCAGAUCAUAAAGAACGAGGGUGCUAUCUCGUUGAUGCGUGGCGCAGGAGCAAAUAUUAUACGUGCCGUUGCUGGCGCACUUGUGUUAUCCAGUGUGGACGCAAUCAAGCCAUAUUACAUUAAAGCACGUGGUCAGAUGUCUAUCAAGAAUGGUCAGUAGAUUUUUUAAUAGUAUAUUACAUACAGGCUUUUUAUUAUUAUUAUAAUGGGUACGGUAGUAUUUAGAUAUGUAUCCAUAAAUAAUAUAAGUGACUAGUAGAUUAUACCAUUUUUUUUGUUAUUUUGGUUAGUAUAUUGAUAUUGAGACUGAAGAUUUAUUUUCCCCUGUUAAGAGUACAAGGUGAAUUUCCUACCCUAUGAAUUGGUACUACUUCUUUUGACAGUUGUCAGUACUUUUUUUUCAUUUUGUAUCCUUUUCAUCUUAUUCUUGACUAGUUAAUAAGUAAUAAUUAAAUAAGUAUAUACACAUGUAUAUAUAUAGUUUUUGAAAUAGUGUAAUAAGUUUAGGGGCGAAAUAUUAUUUAAUUGUGUAUUUUAUGUUUCUUUAUAAAAAAUUCUCGAACAUACAUUUCAAGCAAGCGGUAAGUUAGACAAAUAAUGUUGAGUUGAAACUAAUGUCCUAGAAUCUCAAUUUCAUGGACAUAAAUGUUUAGCCUUAUACAAAUGGCUUUCAUUUUUAAAAUUAGUAAUAUAUAUUCCUAAAUUUCAUUAUUACAAUGAACUUAA